AUGGCAAUUUCCGAUUCUCUGAAUCGGCGCAUACGAGCACGUCCGGAUGAAGAUGACGAUGUCUACUCGACAGUCUCCACAUCAGAUGAAAUGGAGGAAGAGUCAGGCGAAGAAUUAGCUUCUGAUGACGAGCUUGAGGACGCCGGGUCUUCUAUGGAAGAUGACGAGGACGACAGUGAUGUUGAUGAAGAGGAUGAAGAUGAGGACGCCAAUAAGUCCGAUACCGCCGAUGAGAGGGAAGUGGUUCAGGCAGAGUUCAGCCAGAUAUCUUUUGGCGCUCUCGCAAAAGCGCAAGAAACGAUCGGAAAGUCGCUCGGAAAGCGCAAGCGCUCCGACUCGAGCGCCAAAGCAGCAACGUCUGACAACACCGUCUCUGCUCUCGAUGACAUCCGCGCUCGACUUCGCGAAGCACGCGAAAAACGAGGCGAGUCUUCCAAGUCAAAAGAGAAACCAAAGCGUUCUUCCAAGCACGCGCCGACCGUUCAGUCCACCAAGCAUGCGGUCUCUCGCAAACGCGUCGUCGUGGAACAGACCAAUGUCCCCAAACCACGAGACCCGCGCUUUGACCCGGCCAUUAUGAGCCGCAGUGGCUCCAAGCACAGUACCACCGCAAUCAACCAGGCGUAUGCCUUCCUGGACGAGUAUCGGGCAUCGGAGAUCAAGCAGAUGAAGGAGCAACUGGCACGGACCAAGGAUCCGGCUCAGAAGGAGGAGCUCAAGCGCGCCAUCACAUCGGCGACGGAUCGACAGCGGGCUCUGGAGAACAAGAGGCGCGAGCAAGAAGUGCUCGCCGAGCACAGGAGACGGGAGCGCCAGUUGCUGCGCGAGGGGAAGAAGAGCAAGCCGUAUUUCCUAAAGAGAUCGGAAAUCAAGCGGCAGGUGCUGAAGAAGAAAUACGAGUCCAUGGGAGCGAAAGAACGGGCCAAGGCGUUGGAAAGACGGAGAAAGAAGCUUGCUGCGAAGGAGAGGAAAGAGAUGCCCUGGGGGCGGAGAUCAUUACAAGAGACCAGCGGAGGAGAUGGUGGUGGAGCCAAGCCGAAGAAAGGUGGUCGAUAG